AUGUCUACAAUAAUAAAUUUGCCUUUUGAAAUAAUUUAUACAAUUUUGCAAUACGAGAGUAUUAGUAUCCAGGACAUCGUAAAUUUUCGAUCUACAUGCAAACAAUUUCGAUGUGCAAUCGACUGCAUCACUCUCUGGCCGAUAAAGUUUAAACAAAGAUGGCCUCAUGCAAAUGUGAAUUAUAAUAUGAUCACUAAAAAGGACAUUAAUAUUAAUAAAAAUAACCUUGAUAUGAAUAAUGAUAAUAAUAUUAAUGAUUACUUUACUUUGAAAGACGUACAAAAAGGUAUAGAAUUUUCAAGAAAUAUUAGGCAAUAUGUGUCUUCUAUGUCUGAGAAAUACUACUAUUGUAAUGACCGAUAUGAAAACCAAAAUAUUUUUAUAGAAGAUCUUGAUCAUUUGAUCUAUUUGGAUAUGAAAAAUCAGUAUAUGAAUUUUUUCUUUUUGGCUGAUGAGCUUAUUAGACUCAUAUAUAAACAAGAUUUAUGGCAAUCCAAUUUGACAGAAAGAUAUUACAGUAUACAAUUAUUUCAAUACUUGAAUCGAAAUAUGUUAAAAUCAAGAUUGCGAAAUUUUAUGAGACAACACAAACAAUUGCAACGUUUAGAAGAUAUCAUUGUUAUAAUAUUAGAAUGGUAUCAUCCAGAGAAAUUUUUUUUCUUGCAUACAGAUCAAUUUAUAGACAAUAUCGUGCAAGAAGUAUUAAAGGUCCUGAAAAAUGUAAAUCCUACGCAUCCAAUAUUUUUGUUAUCAUCUAACCAAUUUUUUUUUUGGAAAAAUAAUAAUAUUGAUAGGAAUUAUUGGAACGAAAAUGAACUAUGGAUUAAAUUAAAUGAAAUAGAUAUGUUUGAUUUGUACUGCUACAAAAUUGAAGAUAGAGAGCGAGAUUAUAAACGCAUGAUUUCGAUGAUAAUAUAUACGUGUGUAGCGAGAAGAUUAGGCUUAUAUUUUGAAAUAUCAACACACUAUUCGUUAUUUUCUUUUGAAGAUAUUCAUUUAACUUGGAAAGAUAUAGGUACAAGUGAGGACUAUAUAGAAAAUAAAGAAUGUUUCAUCAUUAAGUGUAAGCACGAUGAAAUUAACCUGGAUAUUAUUGAUCAAGAUUUAGAAAUUCAAGAUCUAGAAGAGAUUCAUUCAACAUUAAUUAUAGAAAAAUGUCAGAUAGUGUCUAAUCCGAGGGGAUUAUCUUUAGAAAUAAUAAUUGAAGCGUUAAUAAGAAUUCUGGGUUAUUAUUCUUUGUGGCCGAUGGAAGGAUCUUCAGACUUUUGUGGUAUAUCAUCAUCAAUAAGAAAUUAUGAUGUGUCAAUAGGAUGUCCAAAGGAUGUAAUGUGCAAAAGAUCGCCUAAAAUAAAAUAUGCAAUUGGAUUGAUAGUUAGACAUAAACAUCUACGUGUAAAUAACGGAUUAAGACAUAGCAGUUUAGUUGGUGUCAUAAUUGGAUGGCAUCACAAAUACCAAAUGGAACGCUUUCGAUUUCCUGGUGUAAAUUGUAUUCCGUAUUAUAUUAAAGACGAAUAUAUAAAGAAACGUGGCAUCCGGGAUUGGAAUUCGCAACCAUACUACAUUUUGUUAGUUGAUAAUGAUCUCUGUUAUAUACCGCAAUGCACUAUAACAUCGAUAUGCUCGGAAUGGAUCAAUAAUGCAGAGAUUGGAAGAUAUUUCUGUAAAUUCGAAGGUACUCAUUAUGUGUCAAAUGAAAUGCUAAGUAAACAAUACAUGUUUAAUAAUAAUAUAUCAAUUAUAAACGCAAAGUACAUUAUUUAA